AUGUUCCCCAGAGACACCACCCUCCUCUAUCUUGUGUUCUGUCUGAGCCAGAAGAUGCAGGCACAGGAAGGAGACUUUCCCAGGCCCAUCAUAUCUGCAGAGUCAGGCCCUGUGAUUCCCUGGAACGGAUCUGCAAGGAUCCGGUGCCAAGGCACUUCAGAGUCUUACCUGUACCAACUGAUGAGCUUGAAGAACUCUUCCUACAAGGAGGUGGAGAAGAAGCUGGGAAUCCAGAAGGAGGCCAAGUUCAUCCUUAACCACAUGGACGCAAACAGCGCAGGCCGGUACCAGUGCCGGUACAGGAAGAAAUUCAGCUGGUCCCCGUACAGUGCAGACCUGGAGCUGGCUGUGGCAGAUGCCAUUAAUCAAGAUUACACACUGUGGAAUUUGAUCCGCCUCGGCAUGGCUGGACUGGUCCUCAUGGCUCUCUUGGCAGUAUUGGCCGAACACUGGCACAACCAAAGGAUGCCACACCAGGAGGGCUGGCCAAACUUGGCCGAGCCUAGCUGGGGAAAACAAAAAUGUCAGGCGGAAUGGACCUUUGGACAAACACCCAGUGGCUGCAGGCAAAUGCCUGAAGGCAGAUAUGGGUCAGGACUUGUGGAGGCCAACAAAACUCCUUGGAGGACGCAAGGGAGACAGCAGCACUAA